AUGCUUCUCGAUACCAUUGUCACCGGUCUCCUGAUGGCCGCCAGCGCGGCCGCCAUCCCUAUCGAGAGCCCCAUGGAGCUCAUCAAGCGCGCCCCGAGCGCUGGCGUCGUGAUCCAAAAGUGCGCCAAGCCCGGCGUCUUCGCCCUCGCCUACGACGAUGGCCCGUACCAGUACACUUCCCAGCUCGUCGACAUCCUGAACAACGGCGGCGCCAAGGCCACUUUCUUCAUGACGGGAACCCUCUACGGGUGCAUCUACAACCAGCGCACCGCCGUCAAGAAGGCCUUCGACUCUGGCCACCAGAUUGCCUCGCACACCUGGACCCACCCGUCCACCUUUGGUAGCUUGACCACGGCGCAGCUCACGACCGAGAUGCAGAAGCUCGAACAGGCGAUGGUCAACAUCAUCGGCAAGAAGCCUGCCUACAUGCGCCCGCCGUACCUCGCUACCGGCGGAUCCGUGCUCUCGACGAUGAAGACGCUGGGAUACAAGGUCAUCACUGAUGAUGUAGACUCUGGCGAUUGGAACGGGCAGACGCCGGCGCAGAGCGAGGCCAAGUUCACUGCUGCUGGCGCGAGCGGCAACGGACAUAUCCCUCUCAUGCACGAGACCUACGCAACCACGGUGCAGACUUUGACCCCGUGGUUGAUCAACUGGGCGAAGCAGAACAACCUCAAGCUGGUUACUGUUGCUGAAUGUCUCGAUGAUGCCAGCGGCGCGUAUCAGUCUGGCUCUUUCACUGGCAACGGCGCGACAACUUGCUAG